UAUGAAACAUAUACGUUAAAUUAUAAAGUGUAAUCAACCAAAAAGAUUAUCGGUGAAAUUUUCUUAAGAAAAGAACUCGAAAAAAUAUAAUUAAGAACAAAAAAGAGAAAAAAAGGCAAAAUUGAAAAACGCACAGACAAGUCGUUUGAGGAAUUUCACUGAAAUGCGUUGCAAUUUCAAUAAAUUUUUAUGCAAAAAUUGCUAUUGAACGGGAAUAAAUAGAAAUAACUUGAAUAAAGUGUGCUUAACAAUAAUAAAAACUAAAAAUCAAUAGCAAAUAAAUGAAAAACUAGUGAAAAAACCGAAACGUGGUAAUACACGAAUAAAAGCAGAAAAAAAUUAAAACAGUUUUUUUUUUAACUAAAUUUGGUAUAAAACAAAUUGAAGUGAAGAAGCAAAAAUUCAGAGAACGAAAAAAAGAGUCAAUUGAGUGAGCCAAAUAGCAGAAAUAAGAAAAAACGAGCGAAGAAGUGCAAAAAAAAUUAAAGAAAUAUCAGAAUAAAAUCAGAAGUGGAGUUAUAGAAAUAGAACAAAUAGAAAGAAGAAUUCUUUUGUUUGUUCGUUGCCAAUUUUGCAAAAAUUAAAAUUCAAUAAAAUAAACGGGUCAUAGUUACAGUGCGUAAGAGUAUUUCCUUUUUAGCAAAGAAAAUUGUAACAAAAAAAAUAAUGUUUUAACUUAAGAAGCAAAUUAUAAAUGAAAAUAUUUAACUUCUCAAAUUAAAGCCAAGUUCUUGUGUAAACGGCCGUGGCCAGUUUUGCUUAAUUUUGUCAUUUUUUUACACAUUUCUGGGAACACGCCUUUUUUUAAUAUUUCGAUAAUUAACGAAUGAAUAUCUUUAGUGCAUUGCUUCGUUUCAUAAUUAAAAUUUUUAUAUUUUGUGAUGUGUUGAUUUGUUUCCACUAAAAAAAAAUACUAAAUCAUAUUAAAACUUGUUCUAAAACUGCUAAACCAAAUAAAACAACAACAACAAUAAUAACUACAGCAAAAAAACUAAAAUUAUUUGACGUUAGUGUAGACGUCGACGUUAACCGUCACCUUCAUACACAACAGCAGCAACAACAACAACAACAACCACUACAAAAUAACAUUGCAAAGCAGCAACAAAAUUAUCAAAGCAGCAAUCACAACAACAACAGCAAGAAAAAAUACUGCCGUUUGCUAACUAACUAAUAACAACAAUAAUAAUAAAAAAAAAAAAUAGAAAAAAUAAAACAAAAAGAAAAAUAGAAACAAACCUGUCAAAAAAAUAAACGUCAUUUAAACUUGACUUUUUUAACAACAAACCGAGCGCACUACAACCAAAACAAUUAUAAUUCCAACAAAAUGGAUGAAGAUGACAAUAAUUUGGACAACAAUCGAGCUAUUAUAAGUGGUGGCGAGGAAGAACCUCAAGAAGAAGAAUUUGAUGAUGACGAUGAUUUACUCGACACCAUAGAAGUAACGGUGACCACAGAUGGUGCACCCUUACCACGUGAUGACAACGAAGAUAUUGAAAUAAUAAAUUUAUCACCACAACAAGCCGAACAACAACAACAAGCAGCAGGCAAUUUGGCGGCCGCUAACACUACUCACGACAAUACACAUGCUCCUGCGUUACUCAAUUUUAGUGAAGAUUUGCAUAAUGGGCCUUGGGAUAGAGAUGAAAUUGAGGACUCUAUUAUGGCACAGUCAUAUGUUGGACCUUCCACCUCUUCACGAGCAAAUGCUUUAAUUUCAGUUAUUUCCUCCUCCUCGGCUAAUAGCGCUGAGGGAGCGGCAGCAGCCAGCAGUAGUGGUGGUGGUGCAGUUCCCAGCUAUUGUUUUGAUACCUCCUCAUUUUGUUCCCGUACACGCAAAGAAGUUGCUGCUCUCAUUGUGGCUGAAUGUUGCAGUGGUGGACCAACACCCGAUUUGAAUUACAUUAUGGAUAGAUUUUUUAAUCCCAGCACACCGAUCGAUAAUCCCGAUAAUAUUUCAUGGAUACGUUGGCUCAUUGCUGGUGGCCGUACUAUAAGCGAUUUUGUGAAAAUUGGUAAGUAGAUAAAAAUUUAUUAAAUUACUAUAUAAAUUAUUGUUUUUAAUUAAUUGUUUGCGACGAAACAA